GCUUGCAUUUAUGAGUUAGAUUUAUAUGCACAUCCUCUCUGGCGUCUUUUUGACAAAAUAGAAUAUUCAAUCAAUGAUCUUAGUUCCGAUUCUUUAUUCAAGGCAGUAAUCGAAAACGAUGAGAAUUUGGAAGAAAUAAUGAGUGACGAAGAGUUAACAAAUGAGGAAUCAGAAAAUUCAUCUUCAGACGAAGAUUCAUCUGGGGAUUCGACUGUUAGUUCCGAAGAACUACUAAAAAUGAAAAAACGAAAUAAUUAA